AUGGCUCCAAGUCUUCGUCCUUUGCCCGCCAACCCUCCGAGGCGCUCGAGCAGGCCUCUUCGCGCAAGCAGUACUCGAGUGAAGACUUACCGCGAGGACAGCUCGGACUCGGAUGAGGUAGACGUCUACGACGAGAGCUCAGACAGCUCCCCAGUAACCGUUCGGCCACUGGUAUAUCCUGACUUUAUCCCUUCGGAGGAACCUCAGACUGAACGGCGUUCGCUUUCUCCUUCACCUCGGAGAAGAAAGCCGUCCGGAGCACGAAUCACUAGGUCAUCAUCAAGCAAUAAGAAACGAGCUCUCUUUCUUCAAGCGUCCCGCAAGGAAGUCCUGACCACCUCACCUAAACAGCUCAAGCUGGAAGACGAAAUCGACCUCGAUAUGCCAUCCCUCAUUGAAUCCGCAAACAUUCCACCAUGGCAGACCCUCCCAUACCACGUUCUGUUCGAUAUCUUUCUGAAAGCUGCGCCGAUGGGUAAAGGGACUCAAGUCACAGAGGAGUGGAAGUCGAUACGGUGGCUGAUGCGUGUUUCCCGGCUCUGCAAGGGCUUUUUUGAGCCCGCUAUUGCUGCCCUGUAUCAUUCUGCGACCGCCUUCUCGAUGGAAUGGCUGGAGAAGAUUAGAAAGCCGUUAGAGCUGGAUCAGUCCACGUCUCUGACCAAUUAUCGUAGCAAGGUAAAAUGUUUGGAACUAUAUACCCAUGUUCCCAGGGCGGAUAACAUGCCGCUACAUAAUUUCCUGGUGCUUGCACCGCAGUUAAAGCAUCUUCAGAUCCGUGAUCUCAGUGAUACUCCACGGAAGAUGUCGAAGCCGUUCCAGCUGGCCUUUCUUGAGAAAUGGUUUGAGUCGACGGUACCAGAUCAUAUCCAGCUUCAAAGCUGGGAGUGGAGUAACAGAAUGCAGCUAUCGAGAUUGAAGGAAUUUCAUCUCCAUCCAAUGCUUCACUCACUCAGAACAGUGAGAUUCUAUAGAAUCUGGCCGUAUGAGCCAGCUGACACGAAGCAGCCUCAGCAUGGUAUCGACUAUCCGCCGUCAGCCGAACUUAUAGUUUCCUCCCUAGUUGCUCUUCCAAAGCUCUCGGUAUUGGGGUUUACCGAGUGCUUCAUUUCUAAUGAUUUUUUCUUCAAGUUGCCGGUCGACUUGCAUACUUUAACCCUAACCCAGUGUGAAAACGUGGACACAGAAGGUCUUGCGAGUUAUCUGUUCGAGCAUGGCCAGAAGAUGGAGGUUCUUAAUCUGAUCCAUAACAAGGAUAUUGACAUGUCCUUCACUGUAGGACUGCGGGCAUCCUGUCCUCUCCUGCGUGUUUUCAGGAUGGAUCUGAACUUCAGCUCUGGCGACACAUUGGCCCAUGACGUUGAACCACGCUUUGAGCUCCUCCUUCAUCCCGGCCAGGUUCCAACAUGGCCGUCUAAUCUGGAAACGCUUGAACUCGAACGUCUUCGUAAAUGGGACAUCACGACCGCAGAGGCUGUGUUCAGAUCGUUGAUUGAGGCUGCUCCACGCUUGAAGUACCUGCGCAAACUUACCCUUACCGCGAUCCUGAAGACCGACUGGCGUGACCGUGCUCAGUUCAGAGACGAAUGGGCCCGAACGCUUGAACGAACGUUUCUCAGAAGAAGUGAGCCUCCACUCUGCAUCUCCGGCAGAAACAUGAAGGCGUCAUCUUCAGUGGUGCCUGCCUGUAAACCAUCGCCGAGGUCAGAUGCUUCUGACGUUUCACAUCUUGUCCGAGAUGAGGCCACAGACGAUAAUGUACCCAGGAGAAAGAGCCGACGUCUUGCUGAGCGGAAAUCGUCCAUGAGUGGUGAUGAAAGCGCACGAUCUAGUGAUGGAACAUCCCCAAACAAGCUUCCUACUCGAAACAUCACACUGCCAAUCAUGCAUCAGCGUUUCACGGGUAUCGGUCCAGGAAUGUGCAAUGUGGUGAAGAUCCGAAUCGACAAUCUCCGGCCUGCAGACGUUAUCUUGCCAGCAGAGAACCUCAGUGAUGCAGAACCCAGCGGAGACGACGACUGGAACGGUGACGACAUUGACUUUAUGAACGACGAGUACGCUUGGUGA